AAUCACUGAAUCUCUCCCCUUCUGAUAUUUUAUUAUUUUCCUCAAAGCCCUUCUAAAUUCUUUGCUAACAAGAUAAAUAAGCAACGUGGUUUCAAAGAAAAACGUCAUCACACACACCCUUGCCUUGCCUUGCCUUGCCCCCAAAACAUUGGAAGACUGUACAUGAACUGCUCGUUUAGUUUUCACCCAUGGCUGCUGCACUAACUAGGCUUCACAUAUACCCACAAGCUAUAGAUCACUUUUCUUUCGGGGAACAAUUGAGAAAUGGUUUGCCAAGGCAAGGUUUUUUAUGGUCUGGUUCUGGUGGGCUGCAUAGGGACCGUCAUGGAUUAUACGUGCACAGGUGCAGGUCUUUUAGGUCUGAUGAUGGAGGGGAAGUGGGAGAGAAAAAGAACAUAAGUGAGAAAAAGUGUAAGGUGGUAAAAGAAAGCGAGGACAAAUUGAAGGAGGGAGAUGGGUUUUGGAGUACUUUGAAACAUGCUGUUUCUGGGUUUGGAAGAUUGGAUUCACAAUCAAAUGAAGAGCAUACGAAGGCUGUAGCUAAAUUGGAGGAGGUUCUUUCGUCGAUUGCUAUCCAAAUAGGAAGAUAUAUCGUCACUAUGAUGAGCACUGGUGUGAUACUUGCAAUUGGUUUUCAGUUGUCAGGUGGAGACAGUCAAAUGAAUACACUGAUCUGGUAUAGCUGGCUUGGAGGAAUUAUUAUUGGAACUAUGAUAGGUGCUAACAUGGUUUUAGAUGAACAUUGUCGAGCUGGUCCACGCAAUGUUGUUAUAACUGGAAGCACAAGGGGACUUGGAAAAGCACUUGCUCGAGAAUUUCUUCUGUCUGGCGAUCGUGUAGUUAUUGCUUCACGCAGCCAUGAGUCUGUAGAUACAACUGUCAAAGAGCUUGAAGAGAACCUCAGGGAAGGAUUGAUGACCGCCAAUGGUUCAUCUAGGACAAAUCUAGCGCAUGCAAAAGUGGUUGGCAUAUCUUGUGAUGUUUGUGAACCUUCCGAUGUGCAGAAAUUGGCAAAUUUUGCUGUCAAUGAGUUUGGAUCUAUUGACAUAUGGAUUAAUAAUGCUGGCACAAAUAAAGGAUUUAGACCCUUGCUGCAGUUUAAUGAUGAAGAUAUUCAGCAGAUUGUUUCAACAAAUUUGGUUGGAUCGAUUCUCUGCACUCGAGAAGCAAUGCGUGUCAUGGUGAACCAACCCAGGGGGGGACAUAUUUUUAACAUGGAUGGUGCUGGUUCUGGGGGAUCUAGCACCCCGCUUACAGCUGUUUAUGGAUCAACAAAGUGUGGUCUUAGGCAACUCCAAUCAUCGCUUCUGAAGGAGUGUAAGCGAUCUAAAGUCGGAGUACAUACAGCAUCUCCAGGCAUGGUCCUUACAGAUUUGCUAUUGAGUGGAUCAACUUUGAAAAAUAAACAAAUGUUUAAUAUCAUCUGUGAGCUUCCAGAAACAGUUGCUAGAUCUUUAGUUCCACGGAUGCGGGUCGUGAAGGGUACAGGGAAGGCCAUCAAUUACUUGACUCCUCCUAGGAUAUUACUUGCUUUGGUCACUGCAUGGCUGCGGCAAGGCCGCUGGUUUGACGACCAGGGAAGGGCAUUAUAUGCAGCUGAGGCAGAUCGACUUCGUAACUGGGCUGAAAACCGUGCUCGGUUUUCCUUCACAGAUGCAAUGGAGAUGUACACUGAAACUACUUGGGUAUCUGUGUUUUCACUUUCCAUUGUCUGUGCCUUCAUAAUUGUUUCAAGCACAGGUAGCACUUUUCCCGGCACCUGAGUGUGUCCGUAAACUGCUACUCGCGGGCGCAUUGAGAAUGUAUCAUAUCUACAAUGUACUUGUAGUUGAAGUAGCCUACUAAACUGUAUGCAAUCCAAGGCAACUUGAAGUCUGUUAAUGGCUGUCCUCCAUGCGAACUCUGGAGCACUGCUUAACCAUUCAUAAGCGCUCAGCUGUUUUAGAUGAUGAGCUCAGGUGACUAAUGAAGUAUCUUCUACCUGUAUUAUACGAGUCGGGGUUUGUAGGAUCUAAAUACGGGCAAGAAACAGAAUACAUAUUUGAUUUGUCAGUAGAGCAUUCUCUGCUACCCAGUAUGUCAUUUUUAGUGAAGCAUUAUGGACUUAGAUACUUGUAAAUGCAAUAUACAUGAAAAUGUUAAUGAAUUGAAUUCAAUGUUUUGUGUA